ACAUAUGCACUCCCCUCUCUGCUUCUCUGGCUCUCUCCCUUUUUUCUGUCUUUCCACCAAUCCACCAAUACUUCUCCAUAGCUCCAUCUCUUUCUGUUUUCCCCUCCAGGACAGGAAAAGGAGCAGUAGCUGGGAGCACCAGUGGACAACACUGACCAGAAUAACAGGAAAAGGAAGUGGGCAGUGACCUGUAUAAGAGAGGACUGCGGUCAGACAGCUGUGCUUCACCAUUUUUGGCUCUUGGAUGAGAAAAACCUCAUCAGAAGGGAGAGGAGGGGGAAAAAAAAACAAGAGAGACUCGAAACCUGUUGGAUUCACACCUGUGGAAAAACCUCGACAACCUGAGAAGGGAAGCUGGGUGAUAAAGAGAUUUUUGAGUAAAAACUCCACUGUUGGAGUGGCUGGAGUUUUUGCUUCUUUAAUUAAAAUCUUACUAAGUAAGAGACUGCUGAAAUUUCCACGAGUGAAAUCUAAUAAUUAUCUGAUGAGUAUUUUUUAUUCUUAAAUUUAUUCCUAUUUGAUUCUCAGUUUUUCUUUGGAAAGUCAUCUCUGGGAUACAACUCAAGAGGCAUCAACCCAGCUUUCAUCAUCACAGACUUUCUUAUAUCUCUGACAGUCCACUAAGGGAUUUGAAGAGAAGCCUAACAAAGAGAGAAAUCCCUGCUUGUACACCUGCUGUUCCUUACUCUACAUCGGGGGGGGAAAAGGAGUAAGAGUGAGGAAAAGAAGUAGUUGUACCAGUAGGUAGUUUUAGCCUCUGUGGAGCUCAUGACCACCCACCAACCACCGAUUUCUACCACAACCUGCAAAAUUAAUAAAGCAUAACUCAGCUUUGAGCAAGUGAACACCUUGAAGGAUUUUGGGCUUCACUUUAUACCAUCACAAAGAUCUGACCAACAGUUCUGCCUGGCUUUGACUUCUGUUUGAGUGAAGAUGGCUUGGCUCCAGCUGUGGACCACAGGGCUUAUGACCACUAUGGCCUUGACUGUCAUCAUUGCUCAAGACUCUGGACUUCCUGGGGUGAAGCCAGGCCUAGCUGACAUGAAGAAGGAGUCCCAUCCUGUGCUGUUCAGGCAGAAAAGAGAGUGGAUCUGGAACUCUCUCUAUGUAGAAGAGCAGAAACCUGUAUCAGAUGCCUACAAGAUAGGACAGCUUAAGUCAAGCAAGAACGUGGAGGUCAAGAAGUUUAGAAUAGAGGGUGAAGGAGCAAACAGCAUCUUCACUGUGGAUGACAAAGGAGACCUGUUUGUCACCAGAUCUCUGGACAGAGAAGAGAAGAGCUCUUACCAUUUGAUUGCUAAGUUGUAUGAUGGGAAUAACGUGCUGAUAGAAGAAGCUGGAGAAUUUGUCGUUCAGGUGACGGAUAUCAAUGACAACAGCCCUGAAUUCCCCAAAGUGUACAAUGGAUCCAUUGAGGAGAGGUCCACAAUAGGGAAAAGGGUGGUUGAAGUGAAAGCUACUGAUGCAGAUGACCCCACCACUGCCAAUGGAGACCUCAGGUACUCUUUGACCAGAGAUGGAGACACUUCGGCUUUUGAAAUCAACAGCAUGACAGGUGUGAUUACCUGCAAGAUAAACACUCUGGACCGUGAAACCAAGAGUCAGUAUGUGGUGGUGGUUCAAGCUCAGGACAUGAGAGGAUAUGCCUCUGGCAGCACAGCCACUACCUCGGUCACUAUUAUGAUCACUGACAUCAAUGACAACUUGGUUUCUUUUACCGAAAGGAGCUAUAACUUUGAAGUUCCAGAGAACCACAAGGUGGGGGAAUUUAUUGGGGUUCUGAAACUGGAGGACAGGGAUGAGCUUCAGAACAAACAGCCCAUGUUUACCAUUUCAAAUAACCAACCAUUCCUUAUUGAAGCGAGCCCUAACAAGGACGGCAACCUCAUCCUCAAUGAGGCUCUGGACUUCGAGAAAACAAACAGCUACUCUUUCACUGUCGAGGUGCGAGAAAAUGUGCAAUUUCCUCCUGACAACAGGGGCAGUGCAGUCACCAAUGCCCAGGUCAACAUCCAAGUGUUAGAUGUAGAUGAGCCACCGAUCUUCUCUCAGCUCAUCUACACCUUUAACGUGAAGGAAGAAAUGCUUGUGAACAACAUAGGAAUCAUCAAAGCCAGAGAUCCUGACAGCGCCAACAAGACCAUACAGUACUCCAUCUUGGAGAGGGACUGUCCUAUCGGUAUCAACCCGCUCACAGGUCAAUUGUACACUCUGAGAAAGCUGGACAGAGAACUGGAGCCCACACACAUGUUUCAAGUUAAGGCACAAGAGGAGCCAAGUGGUUUGGAGGCAGCUGUAAAAGUUAACAUUAAUGUUCAAGACAUAAAUGACAACCAGCCUGAACUCAUGGUGUUGGAUGACAUCUUUGUAUGUGAGGAUGAUGAAGCUAAUACGGUAAUUGGAACCUUGAGUGCCACAGAUCGAGACGAUCAGACAGCUACCUUCACUUUCAGUCUGGCUAGUGAGAACUCCAACUUCUCCAUCAGAAACUAUGGCAACGGCACAGCAGCCAUCAUGGUUAAACAGGGCCCGUUCAGCACGGACGACCCCAAGGAUUACAGUGUGGAUAUAAGCGUCAGUGACGGAGGACAUCCUGUCAAGACCAGCAUCACCAAAGUGUCAAUCAGGUUAUGCCGGUGUGAUGCCAAGCGGAGCCACACGUAUUGCAAAGCCGAGGCUCGUAGGAUGGGCGUCAGUGUUCAUGCCCUGGCAGCCAUUUUGCUUUGCAUACUGACAAUUCUGGUCAUAGUGAUCCUGUUUGUGAUGAGGAAACGCUACCAGAAGGAUUCUCUGGCCAAUAUGAAAAACAGCGGAGAGAUUCACGAGCAGCUGGUCACAUACGAUGAGGAGGGAGGAGGAGAGAUGGACACUAAUGGCUACGAUGUCUCAAUCCUUACUUCUGCUUGCCAUGAUGGCUCCCUGAUUCGCCACCAAGAUCACCGCCCCCACCCUUCUCUCUACGCCAUGGUCCAGAAGCCCACACACCACACUCAGCCCACCGCAUGUAAGGGCGACAUGGCGGCAAUGAUUGAGGUAAAGAAAGAUGAAGCUGAUCAUGACCGAGAUGGCUUCCCGUACGACACUCUCCACAUCUACGGCUACGAGGGACCCGAGUCUUUAGCCGGAAGUCUCAGCUCUCUGGGAAGUUCCUCUACCGGUUCAAACUUGGAUUAUGACUUUCUCAGCGACUGGGGGCCGAGGUUCAGGACCCUGGCAGAGCUCUAUGGCGUAGAUGGACAAAAUUACUACCAUCAAUACUGAUAAUAACACAUAAUGACAAAUUACACACAUACACAACAAACAUACAGCUUACAUCACUGAUCAGAAAGAGCCAUAGUAAUACACUCGCACUGACCAAAAGCAUGCAGGAAUUAUACACAUCCACACACAUACAGACCUAGACAACCAUGUUCUUGAGAGACUUCUCUAGCUCCUUUAAACAGAAUCAGGGAGCUUUUUUCUAGUAACAAUGACUAACUUGUGUUAUGAUAUGUAAUUCAGUUAAUCCAUUAGUGUGUUGUGCCUCCCGUCUGUUCACUCCCAGAAAAAAAGCUUCAUCAAAAUGCGGAAGCUCCAUCAAGUUGAGUCGAGGAGUUUUUUUGCCCAUUUCCAGUGAAAUGUUGGAAAGAUUUAUAAAGUAAAUCCAGGACAUCGCUGAAAGUUGAUUUGACAGUAGGAGGUCCACACCGCGAGGAUUUUCUUCUACAGCAGUGUUGUGUGUUUUACAUCGUGACCCUUUUAUUCUACUGGAAAAUGUACGGAAGUCUAAGCAGGUGAAAUUCCUCUUAAGGCCUUAACCAGUCAGUUUAUCUUGGGCGACUGACGGGUUAAUCAGGUGACUGUCAGUGAUGUUACUCGCUUACUUAAGUUCUUUUGCAUUUAAUAACUGUCUCGGCUGUCAUGUGCAGCACCAUUUUGUAACAUUUUUUUUUCCCUGUGGCGACUGUGUCAAAAGACAUCAGGAUUGCAGGUGAAAAGUCUGUAACUUGACUCCCUUAAAAUUAGCAUUAUCCUUACCCUUCAUACUGGCCUCUUAAUGUAUGAUUAACUAAAUUUAUAUAUUAAAAUAUCCUUAUAUCCUGUUUAAGAUUAAACUGGAUUCCUGAUAUAAUACUGCAGACUCUGAAUAUUAGCUAAUUUACUACAAAAACUAUUAUAGGGAUCACAAUUAAGUUUUUUUUUUUAAUUCAGUCCAACCGGGAAUGCAAAAUGCUGCAUGUGAAAGCAACUGACUGCUGAUCUUUAUUUUCCCCCCUUUUACUCUUUUUUUCUGUCUCUUUUGGUAUAUGGCCUGUGAUCUCUUCUAGCUUUGAUGUGUGUGUGUGUUUUUUUUUAUAUAUAUACUUGACAAAAGGGACACAAACAUGGCGAGAACAAGGUGAUUUUAUUUUUGAUCUGUGGUUGAUGAUUUGAUUUGUAAAUUUGAUCGCUUGAGGGGUUUACUGUACUGAGAAACUUUGAGCAGCCACACGACUUUAAGCUCAAAGGGGUUUGAAGUGUUUGAUCACAGCAAGAUGCCGGUUAUGUUUUCUUCAUCUGAAAUACUACAAGAGACUGUCUGUAAGGAAAGUUCAGCUCUGGAAAUGUUACAUCUGGAGUGUUAAGUCCAGUGGGUUAUCUUGUUACAUGCCCACCUUCUCACUUCACUGAGUUCAUGAUUCUCUGAUGUCCAGACAUGACAUCAGGUGUCUGAACAAUACUUAACUGAAUAUAGAAGAAGUGUCAAAAGUUUCUGAUUUUUAGCACUGUUGCAUUUUUUUUAAAGGUGAAUACCUUAAAAAAAAAACCUCUCUCUCUUUGUGUUCCUGAAACCAACCAUCUGAUAUGAAUAAGGUCAUUUUCUGAGUAAGUCAUUUUGUCCAUUUUCUCAGUUAUCUCCUGCUCUGAAAAGAGAAAAGACAAUCGACAGACGGACAGAAAGGAAAUGACACUACUGCUUCUCAGACAGAAUUACAGCAUGUUCUGAGGGUUUAUUUGACAGAACCCAUCAUCACGGUUAUUGUUGAGAUGAAAGCCUAAUUCUCAGAGGCCUACUGGAACAAAAGUAAUUCAGACAACUCAGGAAGCACAGAGCGGCAAAAGCAGCUAGUUGGGCAGCCACAAUGGCUCUGAGGUGGCUUGAAUAACUUUAACCUCUAAUCCUUUAUGGCUACUAUCAGAUCAUAAAAUUUGUGAUGAAAAAUACCCCAAUUUUUUUGACAGCCUAGAUGGUUAUUUAAAAUCCUACUAAAAAUAUCUAACCCUCACUGGCUGUUGGGUUGGGUAAUCAUCUCUCCUAAUACUUGUGUAGCAUUAUUUAUUUAAUUUCCAUCUUGAACUUUAGCAUAGGAUAGGAUAAUCUACUUAGUACCGGAAACAGCACUCCUUGGAGUCAUAUUGAAAUUUUGUCUAUAAAAUGUCAGAAAAUGUGAGAAAUACCCAAGAGAGUUUGUCAAAGGCCAAAGCAGCUCCUUCAGCACUCUGUCACUAAGUUAGUUCAUUCUUAAAGCUCCAUUUUGGACUCAAAUAAUUUCUGUAAAUUUUUUAGGUAGCUGUUGUUAAAGUUCGUCUGACUAAAAUAUGUCUUUUGCAUUCAGUAUAUCCUUUACAGAUAUGUUGGGUAUUUGUUCUAGCCAAUCUCUUUAGUAAUCAGGAACAAUUAAUCCCAAGGCCAGACUCACUAGCAUUUAAACAAUAACCGCAAUGACCUUUUGGUUUAUUGUAUAAAUGAAUGGCCAGGAAAUAAAUCAUGGUUUCUGCAUUCAUUCAUAAAGGGCCAUGAAGGUAGAAGGUCACUAAUUGUCUGUGAUUACAAUCUAGUACUCAUUUUUUUUUUUUUUUGCUGAAAGCACCACUCACAUAGCCUUAUUUCUGUCUUUAAAAAAAAAAAAAAAAAAAGUAAUUUCAGUUUAUUUAUCCUGCUGUUUAGUCCCAGUUGGAGUUGAACUUGUUCCCUUAAAACUCAGUCCUGCUUGGAAUGCCUUUUGAUAAACAGCAAGACAAUAGCUGGAAGUCCUCUCAAUGCUUUCCUGUUGGGGUUCAUAUAUAUAUAUACACUUAGCCAGUUCCUUCUCCUCAAUCUCAGCCUUGCUCUCCUUGUUUGCCUCACCAUAUCUCAUCCGCGGUGUCUUUCUCUUCGUCUUCUAAUCAGCGAAGCCAAACUGUGGACUCAACUUCCCGUCCAUCUGGGAGGUUGUGCCCGCCUCUUCCUGUCUGUGUUAUCUUUCUCGUGGGCCAACACAUUGUGCUCGCUUCCUGUUAGCGCAGCCUGAGAAAUGGCCUUGAAGAGGAAGAGGGAGUGAAGCAAGGAGCAACAAGGGGUGAGGAUGGGGGUUAGGAAGACAGGAGAAAAGAACAAUGUAGAGCAGUGAUUAGUUUUCCAGCUGAUCAGAAACACUUCAGAGCAAAGAUGUGUGUCAUGUGCUUUGUUGACCUGUAAAAUUUGCUAUAUUUAUGAAGCAAUAAAGAAAUAAAUACAAAUAUCCCACGGGGAAAACUUAGGUUUAUAAAAGUAUUCUCACUAUUGUGGCCCCAAAAUGGCAGCAACAGAAUCUGUCUCCUGAAUGUUUUCAGGCAUUUAGACAACGUACUCAUGAUCUUGGUCACAAGCUGCCCACGGUUUUUGUAAAUGUGUAAAAGAAAAACCUUCAAAGAUGUUUUAAAACUCCUGUCAUAACUAACACCGCUGCUGAAAAAUAUUUCCAGAAUCCAAGAAUCUUAGCUGGUUGUUGAUCACACAGUGGCUCGUUUUUUCUGUCUGACAUUUUUGUUUGGGUCAAAGAAUGGAAACAAACCUUGUAGACCUUGGUUCAAUUUUGCUUCAUUUUACAGUGAAAGAAAAACUUUUUUGUCCUGUUUUUUUUUCAAGCUGUUUUGUGGCUCUAAAAGUUGUGUGUGUCUGUGUGUGUAUCUUCACCAUUAUUGUAAUCAUGGCUGUUAUUUAAAAGGUGUGUAUGCGGAAAAGAAAAACUUCAUUGUUAAAACCAGCAGGCUGUAGCAGACGCCGGUGCUCCAUUAUCUACUUUCCUAAGAGCAACAAGUGCUGGCUGUACUUAGGUGAGAAAAGCUGACACGGUGGUCAAUGCAGAUGGAUACAUUUACAAACAAUUUUGCCCAGCUGUGUUUUUCACUUGCUUAGCUCCGUUCCAAAAUGCAUCACAUACAUUUCCAUGACAAAAAAGCCAUUAAUAGAAUGCAUCAAUCAUUAAACACCUCCAAAACAACUUGCAUCUGGUCAGACGUGGUGUAAUGUUUUCCAAAAGGUAUCAUAUUUAUUUUUUCUUAGUGCGCUGUCAGGACCGUGACUCGGACAUGCUGGAUCGGACUAACAUGUUUCUUCCAUUCUUCCAUCAUGCCGAGCUUGUUUUCAUUUAUUUGGAAUUUUCUUGUGCUCGUUUGCACUUCGCCUCACUUAUUCAUCAGAUAUUGCAACUCCAAACAUUUUGCAAGUAUUACAAUAACUCACUAUGUAACAAUGACAACCAAAUGAGUGCCAUAAUUAAUUUGACUUGUUGGCCAUCCAUGGUUGUGCGAGAGCAUUUACCUCCCUUGCAGAAGGCGACACCUUGGAUUAAGACAGUGAAAAUACAACUUCUCAGGGUGGGAUCCUGACACAAAAAAGUUCACAUAAAACCUAUGUAUUAGUAUGCUGGUUUAAAAGACAACUUUAAACUGCUGACUUCUGUUUAUCCUAUGUUUUAUUGAGGGAUUUUACUUUAAAAUGUAUAUAGGAAAAAAAAAUGUGCCUAAUAGUUUCUCUUUCUCUGGCCUCACCUUGUUUAUUUUUUAUUAUUGUUAUUUUUCUGUAUUUUUAACUGUAUUUAAAGGAUUUUAAACUUGGCACAAUCUCUUUUUUAAUUGCUGUAAAAAUGAAAACUAGGUUCAGUUUCAACAACUGGAAGAAAAAUAUUGUUUGAUGCAUGAAUGAAUGUCCGAGUGAACGUAAUUUCCUGCUUAAGUGUCCACUUUUGUGUGUGCGUGUGCGCGGGUGCUUGUGAUUGUGACUAUACCCAUGUACAUAUACACACACAAAUGAGUACCAGUUAAAAAAAAAAAAUAACAGAAACCACAUUUCUCUUGUGUGAAUACAUUAAAGUCUGCAAGGGAGUAACAUGUGCCUUUACUCUAAAAAAAUAAAGAAAAAAAUACAUUUUUUUGAUGGUGAACACAAUGUUUUCUAUAUUGUUUUCUGGUGUAUAGCAAUGACUUUUUAUUACCUGAAAUUUUGUAAGUGUAGAAGAAAAUAAUAAUUAAAAAAAAAAACACUCAAAUAUG